AAAACAAAAAACGAAAAAAAAAAAAAAAAAAAAAAAAAAAAAACAACGGGAUUUGUAUUAUGGUGAUCAGUUUAUCGACCGGGUUAGAUUAAUGUAAGUACAACGAUGAACGUAUUGAACAUAUACAAUAUUUCUUGAAACCUAUCUUACACCUUAUAACAAAAUGAACGUAAUUCUCUGUUUAAAUAUAGAUUUUGAUUAGAUGUAUAAAUCAUAAUAGCAUAAUAUCAUCGCUCCGCCUACAUACUAAGCACCGCCUACGACCGUGCGGAGUGUUCAGUUUUGUAACUGUGACAUGCGUCUUCGUUCGUCUUCGGAUCUAGAACGGUGAUACGGACUUUAUAUAGAUGUCUGACAUUUGUUGAUAUAAUUAGGUAAUUAUAACAGAGAUUAAAUAUUUGUGUUAUCGUAGGCUUCAGAUAUGGCUGAAGGUGGGCAAGCAACUGAAUCCAGAACUGUUACUGAAACUUGUAAACAAACAUGUUCAAUAUGUUUGGACAUAUUUCGUAAACCACACACGCUUCCCUGUGAUCACAAGUUUUGUGCUUUGUGUUUGAUCGGAUAUUUGCAAAAGUGUUUAAACACGGAAGGAAAGGAUAUAUUUCCAUGUCCAUUGUGUAGAUCCGAAAUACGUGUUUCAAAUUACAGGAAAGUAAAAAAUGAAGAUGUUACAAAAUUAGACCUACUUUCGUUUUCACAAAUAAGCGUUGAAAACGAAAGUAGAAAAGAAUUUAAUGAUUCUUGCGAGCCUUGUAAAAGAGGCAAAGACAAUGUAAAAGCAACCAAUUUUUGCUCAGAUUGUAACGAAAGUCUCUGUGCUGGGUGUGUUACUCACCAUCUACGUAAUAAACUGACAUGUCGGCAUGUAGUGACGAACUUGGAAGACAGAGAAAACAAAGCAAAUACGAUACCACUAGACAAAGAAUAUCACUUAAAGACAAAAUGCAAUUUGCAUAACAUGAAAAAAAUGAAAUACAUAUGCAUCGAUCAUGACAUACUCUGUUGCAGCAAAUGUGUAAUAUCAGAUCAUAGAAAAUGCCUUGAUAUCCAAUCCGUUUCAGAUUUUCGUAAAAGCAGUCAGUGUGAUGAAAUGGUGCAAGAAAUAAAGCGUCUGUUUGAAAGUAUUUACAAAUCAAUAUAUGUUAUAACUGAUGUUGCUUUAUGUUCAAGGACUUGUGAUAUAACCAGUCCAAAAAGAACUGCACAGUGUGAUAACUAG